AAACCCAUUUAUGGUGGCUGGCUGCUGCUGGCCCCAGAAGGAACGGACUUUGACAACCCUGUCCAUCGCUCCCGGAAAUGGCAGCGUCGGUUCUUCAUCCUCUACGAGCACGGGCUGCUGCGCUACGCCCUGGACGAGAUGCCAACGACCCUCCCACAAGGCACCAUCAACAUGAACCAGUGCACGGAUGUGGUGGAUGGGGAGAGCCGGACGGGGCAGAAAUUCUCCUUGUGCAUCCUGACACCGGAGAAGGAGCAUUUCAUCCGGGCCGAGAACAAGGAGAUCAUCAGUGGGUGGUUGGAGAUGCUGAUAGUCUAUCCGAGGACAAACAAGCAGAAUCAGAAGAAGAAGAGGAAGGUAGAGCCCCCAACUCCCCAGGAGCCCGGUCCUGCUAAGAUGGCCGUGACCAGCAGCAACAUCCCCAGUGCGGAGAAGGUCCCUGCCACCAAGUCCACGCUUUGGCAGGAGGAAAUGAGGGGCAAAGACCAAGCAGAUGGAGGCAGCGGCAUCAGCCCAGCACAGAGCCCGGUGCAAGGCCAGGCCGGGGCUGCCAGCUCCCUGAAGGAUCCUGUGCUGGACAGCAAGGAAGAUGAGAGCUCCAUGAAUGGAGACCGGAUAGACUGUGGUCGGAAGACGCGUGUCGAGAGCGGGUACUUUUCCUUGGAGAAGACCAAGCAAGACUCGAAGCUGGAAGAGCAGCAGCUGCCACCCCCGCCGAGCCCACCCAGCCCCAGCACCCCAAACAACAGGCGAUCCCAAGUAAUUGAAAAAUUUGAGGCAUUAGAUAUUGAGAACGCGGAGCACAUGGAAACGAAUGUGUCAGCCAGUGCUGCCCUUUCCAGUGAGACGAGGCAGGGCAGGAGCGAGAAGAGGGUUUUCCCACGGAAACGGGACUUCACUUGUGAAAGUGCAGCUGUGGGCUCCAUCCUGGAUGUGUCUGCAUCUCCUCUGUCCCCACAUCGCCGAGCAAAGUCGCUGGACAGAAGGUCCACGGAGUCCUCGAUGACGACUGAACUGCUGAACUUCAAGAAGGGCUGGUUGACAAAGCAGUAUGAGGACGGGCAGUGGAAGAAGCACUGGUUUGUGCUGACUGAUCAAAGCCUGAGAUACUACCGGGAUUCAGUGGCAGAAGAGGCAGCUGACCUGGAUGGAGAAAUCGAUUUAUCCACGUGCUACGAUGUUACUGAGUACCCGGUUCAGCGAAACUACGGCUUCCAGAUCCACACGAAGGAAGGAGAGUUCACCCUCUCUGCCAUGACAUCGGGCAUUCGCCGCAACUGGAUCCAGACCAUCAUGAAGCACGUUCGCCCCACCACUGCUCCUGAUGUAACAAGGAAAAACUUCUCUUUGAAACUAUCCGUGCUGAAGCCCAGGUUGGAAAACUGUGUUCUCUCCUGUAUUAACGUUCUGUGCUCGCUGCCGGAAGAGAAAAGCAAAACAAGCUCAUCCUUCGAGACCAGUCCAAAGCCGAGUGAGAAGCCGGAUGCGGAGCAAGCUGAGCUGGACCCGGAGCAGAAGCGGAGCCGUGCCCGGGAGCGCCGGCGAGAAGGACGGUCCAAGACAUUUGACUGGGCUGAAUUUCGCCCCAUCCAGCAAGCCCUGGCUCAGGAGCGUGCAAACGCUGCAGACUCCUCCAAGGGCAGCUCUGCUGCCUUCCCCAGGGACACCGGUGCCACCGACACCGACCCGGGAGAGCUGGAACGGGAGCGGGCUCGGCGGCGGGAGGAGCGGCGCAAGCGCUUCGAGAUGAUCGAUACCGUGGACGGGGCAGGGUCAGAAGAGGCACUGAGGAUGGAGGUGGACCGGAUCCUGCCCGUCCCGGCGGACAUCAAACCACAGAAUGUCCAUGUGGAGAUUGAGCAGCGCUGGCACCAGGUGGAGACCACCCCGCUGCGGGAGGAGAAGCAGAUCCCCAUCACGCCCCUGCACCUCGCCCACGCUGAGGACCGGGACGAGGGGCUCGCGAAGCAGCACUUGACCACACUGCUGGAGAAAGAGCUGGAGCAGAAGCAGAAGGAGGCCCUGGAGCUCCUGGAGCAGAACCGGCAUCUACAGGACCAGCUGAAAGUGGCACUGGGCCGGGAGCAGAGUGCCCGGGAGGGCUACGUGUUGCAGACCGAGGUGGCCGCCUCGCCAUCAGGUGCCUGGCAGAGGCUCCACAAAGUCAACCAAGACCUCCAAAGCGAGCUGGAAGCCCAAUGCCAGCGUCAAGAGCUGAUCAAUCAGCAGAUUCAGUCACUGAAGCGCAGUUACGCCGAGGCCAAGGACGUGAUCAGGCACCACGAAGCCGAGAUUCAGAGCUUGCAGGCGAGGCUCAGUAAUGCGGCGGCUGAGCUCUCCAUCAAGGAGCAGACCCUGGCCAAGCUCAAAAGCGACCUGAGGAGUGAAAAAGAGAAAGCCAAAGAGCAACUGGAGGAGUGGCAGCAGGGCGAGGCUGCGCUCAGCUCCCAGCUGAAGGCCAGCGAGCAGAAGCUGAAGAGCGCAGAGGCUCUGCUCCUGGAGAAGACCCAGGAGCUGCGGGACCUGGAGAUGCAGCAGGCUCUGCAGAGGGACCAUCAGAAGGAGGUGCAGCGGCUCCAAGACAGGAUCACAGACCUGAGCAGGCAGCUGAACGUCAGCGAGCAAACGCGGAUCCUCAUGGAGGAGAAGCUGCAGAAGAAUUACGAGGCUUUGCUGGAGAGCUGCGAGAGGGAGAAGCAGGUUUUAAUCCGGAGUCUGAAAGAGGUGGAGGAUAAGGCCAACGAGUAUGAGAACCAGCUGCAAAAUAACGAGCAGCAAAUGGAGAUUCUGCAGAAGGAGAAGCUGAGUGCAAAGUUUGAAGGCAGCGAGCUCGUCCACCAGCUGGAAGAACAGCUGGUGAUGAAGGAGGCCAGCAUCCAGAAACUUGCAGAGCACAUCAAGGAGCUUGAAAGAGAGAGAGAUCAGAUCAAAUGUCGGUUCCACGAGCUCAUGAAUCAGGUUGCUGAGUCGGAUAACGAAGUUGCCAAGCUGCAGGCAAAGUUGAAAAUGGAAGAGACCAACUACCACAAUCUGGAGCAAUCGUUCGAGGAGGUGUCAGCUCAGUUUCAGGGUGUGCAGAAGGUGCUGAAAGAAAAAGAAGAAGAGCUGAGACAUGUUAAGGAAAUGCACUUGAGAAUUGUGGAGAAGAAAGAUCAAGAUCUCAGCGAGGCUUUGGUUAAAAUGGUCGCUUUAGAUAGCAGUUUAGAGGAGACUAAAGUAAAGCUAAAGGCCAAGGAGGAGGCUUUAAAGAAAUUAGCAAGUGUAGGCACAGGUCUGUGUGCUGAGGAGGUGGAAGACCUUGGCCCCAGUCUCGAGGCUGACGAAAGUCAUCCAUCGCAACUGGGGCAGCCUCUGCACACUCAGGAUGUCCUCCCUGCUCUGACUUAUGCACUGAAGGAGGAGGAGGAGGAGGAGGUUCUUGAGACCAGCCAGAGGCAAGCAGAGGAAUUCGGCUCCCCAUCCAAAGCUGUAGAGCUCCAGGACCCAGAGUUAGUUCAGAAAGCCUUAGCAAAGCCUGAUGUAGGAAUCGUGGGGGCCAAGAGGCAAAGAAUCCGUUUCUCGAGCAUCCAGUGCCAAAAAUACAUCCAUCCAGACGGAUCGGAGAAAAACUGGACAAGCAGUACCUCUUCAGACACGAGCCAAGACAGAUCGCUGUCUGAAGAAAGCAUGUCAUCAGAGCCAGCUCUUGGGUACCCAUCAUCAGGGACGAGCGACUCUGAGACCUAUCUCUCAAUCAUCCAUUCCCUGGAAACCAAACUUUAUAUUACAGAGGAAAAACUCAAAGAUGUGACGAUGAAGCUUGAAAGCCAGCACGGCCAUAACCAGGAGACGCUCAUCGCCCUCCACCACCAGUGGGCCAGCACAGAGUCUCAGCUGCGGGACCAACUUCAAACCAGUUUAUCCCAAGUCAGUGCUUUGAUCUCCCAGCUGGAGAAUGAGAGGCAGGAAAAGUUCAAGCUCAUAGAAAGUCGCGUUAGCGCGUUGGGAGGUUUCCAAAUGAAAAAUGAUCAAGCGCUGACUUGCUUAGAGAAGUGCAGGGAGCAACUAAGAUCUUUGCCCAAAUCAGACAAGGAAAAAGAGGGUGAUUUGUUCCUUGUUACUCUCUCCAGCAUGGAAACGACCUUAUCAAAUGCAAUCCAAGCCUUGAGAGGGGCGCCAGUCCCAUCGGACUAUCAGCAGAGUGAAAGCCUUAUCACAGAAAGCCCUGCUCCAGAAGGAGGUUUUUUGGGAGAAGAGGAGCACGUCUCCAAGGAGCAACACGCGGAAAUGUUUGACGCUGGCCAGCUGAGGUGGCUCUCUGAGAGAGUGGCAUUUGAGGCCUCUCUCAUCAACCAAAUAGCAGAGUCUUUGAAAAAUGCAAACUCUGAGAUAUCUCAGCUUCUGAGAGAGAUCCAGGGAACGGCUGAGGUGGUUUUGUUGGAGCCAGCAAAUGUUUCUCAUACAGCAGUCGACUUGGCCAGCAUCCUAUCUAAGAAGCUGCUGCUGGAAGGGGAGUUCUGGAGCCAGGUGGAGGAGCUGAGAGUGCACUUGAGCACCAGAGAAGGAGAAGCCGAGGGCAAAACAGAAACAACAGGUUUGGGCUUUUCUCCAUGUUUUCUCAGUGCUGUGGCAGAUGCUACAUUGAUCAAGGCAGAACUCGGGUUUGUCGCGCAGAAAAUGAGAGAAUCUUUUCAUCAGAGAUUAAAAACAAUCGAAGAAGAUCUCCAUAACACCAAAACAGCUCUCCAGCAGCAUAAAUGCAUGUUAGAGGAGAUCAUCAAAGCAUACAGGACUCCUGAUUUUGACAGAGUUAUGCACCAGAUUUCUGAAGCACUUGAAAUUCAAAAAGAUGCUUCGGAAAGAACCCAAAUCUCCUGGGAUGGGAGCCAUCUCCAGAUGGUGCCGUGUCAGGAAUUAGGCAAGGUGGAGGAGAUUGGCAGCCUGCCCGACCAUAGUAGUGAAGCUCUUGUUUCCAUUCAGGAAGAUCUUGCCCAACAACUAAAGGACAAAUCAAAUGUUCUGAAGGAAAUAUCUGUUGCCUUACUCUCUCUGCCUCCUGAGGAGGCAAUGAGAGACUGUCAGAAGCUCCUGAAGAUAUCUCAGAGUCUUUCUUAUCAUUCGUGCAUGGGAGACCUUGAACGGUAUUCCUCUUUGUUAGUCCAAGAUGCAAUUGUUCAGGCUCAGGUGUGUUAUGCUGCUUGCAAAGUCCGACUGGAGUACGAGAGAGAGCUGAAGUCCUACAAGGAGUCCUUGCAGAGCAUGGACGCGCUCUGCCAAGAGCGUGUGAAGACGGUCUCUCUCCUUCGGGAUGAGUAUGAAGACUUGCUUAGAAAGCAGCAGGGUGAGUACAGUGAGGUCAUUGCCAUGCUUGAACGGGAGAACGCUGAUCUCAAAGCAAAGGUCUCCCAGCUUGACAGUCAGCGAAGGCUCUUGGAGGAAGAAGAGCAUAAGCACAGCAAGAGCUUGAGUGAAUUGCAGGGACGGUAUGAGGAGGAGAUUCGAAAUGUGAUAGAACAGCUAAACAGGACAGAGGAUGCUCUGAAGGCUGAGAGGACAGAGGGCCUCAGCCAGCUGGAUGCCAUCGUCCGUGACAAGCAGAACAUGGAGCGGUAUCACCUAGAGCAGAUGCAAAUGCUGGAGGACAAGUUCCAGGCCAAGAUUAAGGAGCUGCAGGUCAUCCAUGGUGAGGAACUGCAGGCGUUGCAGGAGCACUACAGCCAGAACCUGCAGCGCCUGCAGGAGACCCUCGAUGAGUACCAGAAGCAGCACCCGGAGGUGUCCCCCGCGGUGGGCCCGGGUGAUGGGGACGCCUGGGUGGCCGGUGAGGCGGGGGAUGGCAGUGACUUGGACUCCAUGCACGGCCUGAGAGAACGCAUCCAGGAGCUGGAGGCCCAGAUGAACGUCAUGAGGGAUGAGUUGGAGAACAAGCAUCUGGAGGGGAACGUUUCCACCUUGAGGGAAAAAUACCAGAAAGAUUUUGAAAACUUAAAGGCAACAUGUGAAAGGGGCUUUGCAGCCAUGGAGGAGACACAUCAGAAGAAGAUUGAGGACCUGCAGCGGCAGCACCAGCGGUGCGAGAAGCGGCGGGGGGAGAAGGAUCGCCUGCUGGCAGAAGAAACGGCUGCCACCAUUUCAGCCAUCGAAGCCAUGAAGAACGCACACCGGGAGGAGCUGGAGCGAGAGCUGGAGAAGUCCCAGCGCUCCCAGAUCAGCAGCGUCAACGCCGACAUCGAGGCCCUCCGAAGGCAAUACCUGGAGGAGCUGCAGUCGGUGCAGCGGGAGCUGGAGGUGCUUUCGGAGCAGUAUUCACAGAAGUGUUUGGAGAACGCCCACCUGGCGCAGGCGCUGGAGGCUGAGAGGCAGGCCCUCCGCCAGUGCCAGCGGGAGAACCAGGAGCUCAACGCCCACAACCAGGAGCUGAAUAACCGCCUGGCUGCGGAGAUCACGCGAUUGCGGACCCUGCUGACCGGGGAGGGCGGGGGAGAGGCUGCUGGAUCGCCUCUUACGCAGGGCAAGGACGCCUACGAGCUGGAGGUCCUGCUGCGGGUCAAAGAGUCAGAAAUCCAGUACCUGAAGCAGGAGAUCAGCUCCCUCAAAGACGAGCUGCAGACAGCACUGAGGGAUAAGAAAUACGCCAGCGACAAGUACAAAGACAUCUACACGGAGCUGAGCAUCGUGAAGGCCAAGGCAGACUGUGAUAUCAGCAGGUUGAAAGAGCAGCUGAAAGCAGCCACAGAAGCUCAGGGAGAGAAAUCCCCUGUGAACACCACUGUAUCGGGAUAUGAUAUUAUGAAAUCAAAAAGCAACCCUGAUUUCUUGAAGAAAGACAGAUCCAGUGUUAGCCGGCAACUAAGGAAUAUCAGGUCAAAGUCCGUUAUUGAGCAGGUCUCAUGGGAUAACUGAAAUGAACCCGAGUCCAGGUUCCCUGCCACAGUCUGAAGGAAGGCCUGACUGUGCAAGAACGCCUGAAGCUUUUUGAAUCCAGGGACUUGAAGAAAGACUAGUUCUCCCCGCUCCGCUUGACCACGCGCACCUCCCAGCUUGAGGCAGCACAGCACCAGCACCGUUUGUCUCUCGUUCCUUACGACUGUCCUUGCUGUCGUU